UUUUUUUGGUCAGGAAGUGCACUGGAAUUGCUUAUUAAAGUUAACAAUCCUGCAGGUCCCAGGAGCUACCUGACGUCCACCAUGACAGAGCGCUUCGACUGCUUCUACUGCCGCGACAACUUGCAUGGCAAGAAGUACGUUAGGAAGGACGACAAGCCUGUGUGCACCAAGUGCUUCGACAAAAUCUGCGCCAAUACCUGCGCCGAAUGCAGGAAACCUAUCGGCGCCGACUCUAAGGAGCUGCACCACAAGAGCCGCCACUGGCAUGAGGAUUGCUUCCGCUGCGCCAGGUGUUACAAGGCGCUAGCCAGCGAGCCCUUCUGCGCCCGCGACGACGGCAAGAUCAUGUGCGGCAAGUGCAACUCGUGCGCUGAUGGCAAUCGCUGCCAAGGCUGCUACAAGGUGGUCCUGCCAGGCUCCAAGAAUGUGGAGUACAAAAACAAGGUGUGGCACGAGGAGUGCUUCACCUGCUUCGAGUGCAAGCAGCCAAUCCGCACGCAGAGCUUUCUGACCAAGGGCGAUGACAUCUACUGCACUGCGUGCCACGAAAAGAAGUUUGCCAAGAAAUGCUUCCACUGCAAGCAGCCCAUCACAUCUGGAGGGAUAAGUUACCAGGAGCAGCCAUGGCACAGUGAGUGUUUUGUUUGCCGCACCUGCCGCAAGCAGCUGAGCGGCUCUCGCUUCACGGCCCACGAGAAUGCCUUUUACUGCGUGGACUGCUACCGCAGCGACGUGGCCAAGAAGUGCCAUGGGUGCAAAAACCCCAUCACAGGGUUCGGCCACGGUACCAAUGUGGUCCACUAUGAGGGCUUCUCCUGGCAUGAGUAUUGCUUCAACUGCAAGAAGUGCUGCCUGUCCCUGGCCAACAAGCGCUUUGUCAUCACCGGCGAUCACAUCUACUGCCCCAACUGCGCUAAGCUGUGA